UCUGGACGGAGUUCUUACAGACCUUGCGAAGCAGCCCUGCUCUGCCCUUUCCCUCAGGAACGGGAGGCCCAGCUGCACUGAGUUUACAGCUCUUCUCCAUGGCUGUCACCUUGGAGGUCUCAGUGGGGAAAAACCACCUUGUGAUGGCUCUGAACGGCUCAGAAGUGCAGCUGCCCUGCAUCUUCACCACUUGCAUAGGAUUCAAGAACCUUGACUUCACUUGGUAUUACAACAGCACUGACAUGAUAUAUCACGGGACUAUACAGAACAAAGCAUCCGAGCCGACGAUGCUAUACGCAGACUCUCGGGUUCGGUUCAUUGGCACAACCACUGGGAAGGAAAACAACAUCUCCAUCUCCAUGUUUGUGGACUUCGAUGAUGCUGGGAAGUACACCUGCCAUGUCAGGAACCCAAAGGAAAUGAAUGCUGAGCACAAUGCCACCAUCAUCCUCAAGGUGGUCCAGGAGCUGGUACCAGUGGACAACACGCUGACGCGCAUCAUCGUGGGAACCGUGGGCGGGCUCGUCGGCCUCCUCAUCCUCAUCCUUGUCAUCAAGAAAAUCAUCCUGCUCAUCCUCAAAAAGUCUCAGGAGAAGAAGAAGGAGUGUCUCGUGAGCUCCUCAGGGAUCGACAACACUGAGAAUGGUCUGGCGGGCUCCAAGGCGGAACAGAAAGCUCCACCAAAGGCAUGAAGCAAACUCAGUCUGACCCACGAGGCAGCAAAACUCUAAUGGCGGCGGGAAGGGAAAUCUAUUUUAUUUUGAAACUAACCAUGCUCGAGACACCUCUGUAUUACGCACAGGCCUGCAAUUCGCGCGGCUCCUCAGCCCAGACUUGGAAUGCCGUGUGGCCUGGGAGCAGGCUGUGAUCCCAGCAGGGGAAAGGGAGCAGGCCAGCUCCAUUCUCUCUGGGAGGAGGUGGGAACUCCCGGAGCUGGAGCUGGAGCUGGGGUGGGUGUGUGUUUUCACGUGGUGCGUGCGUGAGUGAGAGCGGCUGGUUCAGCACACACAGA